AUGGCUGAGGUGACUGGAGCUGAACUAAUAGCAGAGUCCCUGAAGACUCAGAAAGUGGAGUAUAUGUUCGGGAUAGUCGGGGUUCCUAUCAUUGAAGUGGCCAUGGCCGCUCAGGCUGCAGGCAUCAAAUAUGUAGGAAUGCGCAAUGAGCAGGCGGCCUGCUAUGCUGCAUCUGCCAUUGGGUACAUCACAGGGAGACCGGGAGCCUGUCUGGUUGUAUCUGGACCUGGACUCAUUCACGCCCUGGGUGGGAUGGCCAACGCCAACAUGAACUGCUGGCCUGUGGUCGUCAUCGGGGGGUCCUCAGAUCGCAACCAGGAAACAACGGGAGCCUUUCAGGAGUUCCCUCAGGUGGAGGCGUGCCGUCUGUACAGCAAAUUUUCUGCCAGACCCAGCAGCCUAGAGGCAAUCCCCUCCGUCAUAGAGAAGGCAGUCCGCACAAGCAUAUAUGGGCGUCCGGGAGCGUGUUAUGUGGACAUUGCAGGAGACAUGGUCAAUGCCAAAGUGAACAGGAGCAAAGUCAGUGGAGUCUCCUGCUGCCCACCUCCACCUGUGAGUUUGGCUGACCACAGUGCUGUCACAGAGGCCAUCUGUGCCCUGAAGGCAGCUAAGACGCCACUAGUGAUCAUUGGCAAAGGGGCAGCUUAUGGAAGAGCCGAGGCUGUACUGCGACAGUUUGUGGAAAUCAGCGGUCUGCCGUUUCUCCCCACACCGAUGGGAAAGGGAGUCCUCCCUGAUGAUCACCCCAACUGUGUGGCAGCUGCCCGCUCACGAGCUCUUCUCCAAGCUGAUGUUGUGCUUCUGUUUGGAGCCCGACUGAACUGGAUCCUGCAUUUUGGGUUACCACCCAGGUUUAGCCCUAAUGUUAAAAUCAUACAGGUUGACCUCUGUGCUGAAGAAAUGAAUAAUAACGUAAAGUCAGUUGCGCUCCUGGGAGAUAUUGGAGCCAUUGUCACUCAGCUUUUGACUUGUGUUCGUGAACAUGGCUGGAAAUAUCCCUCAAAUACAGAGUGGUGGAGCUCUCUGAAGGAGAAGAUUGCUGUCAAUGCAAAAAUAUCAAAGGCCCUGGCCCUCAAGACAACAUUGCCCAUGAACUACUACACAGUAUUCCAUCACAUUUCCCAGCAGCUGCCUCACGACUGCAUCAUUGUCAGUGAAGGUGCAAACACCAUGGACAUCGGGCGCACUAUGCUGAACAACUACUUACCCCGACACAGAUUGGAUGCUGGUACCUUCGGGACGAUGGGAGUGGGUCUUGGCUUUGCGAUAGCGGCAGCCGCCGUGGAAAAGAGCAGAGACAAAAGCCGAAGAGUCGUCUGCGUGGAAGGAGACAGCGCCUUUGGAUUCUCUGGCAUGGAAGUCGAGACCAUGUGCAGAUAUAAUCUCCCUGUAGUUAUCAUUGUGGUCAAUAAUAAUGGAAUAUACAGUGGAGUGGAUCCUGAAGUGUGGAAGGAAAUGGCAAAAAUGGGGGAUCUGACCACUAUAGCCCCACCUGUGUCCCUCCUACCUGAGGCUCGCUAUGAUCAGGUGAUGACGGCCUUUGGCGGUCGGGGGUUCCUGGUGCGGACAGUGGAGGAACUGCAGAGCGCCUUGGAGCUCAGCCUGAGCGACUGGGACAGACCAAGCCUCCUCAAUGUUCUCAUUGACCCUUCAUCUGACAGGAAGCAGCAGGACUUUCCUUGGCUCACACGCUCCAACCUCUGAGCGCAGACCUUCAUCCAGAGCGUUUUUCAUCAGAGGAUUUUUUAUGUAAUUGUUUCUAUGAAAUAACUUUAAUUCUUUGUGAUUCUUACUACACAGUAGUAAAUCAGAACACUAACUAAGGCCACAACAAACUGCAUUAACAGAUUUCAUAAUUACUACUUUUUUUUUUUUUAAUGAAAUGAUAUUUUCUGAAGCAAAGCUGUGGGUGAGCUGUCACCCUGUUUAAUUUUUUGAUAAAUAAAAAUUCCAAAACUCAAAUGUU